AUGCCCGGGUCCCUGCAGAGACGUGUUGUGCUGUGGUGGACCAUGGUUCUUCUCUUGGGGUCAGAUUUGAACCCUGCAGCGGUCAGUGCUCAGAGCAAUGCCCAGAGGAGGGUUUUGGCUCAUAUGCCCGGAGACGUUAUCAUCGGAGCACUAUUCUCCGUCCACCACCAGCCUCCUGCAGACAAGGUCCAUGAGCGAAAGUGCGGCGCUGUCCGAGAGCAGUACGGGAUCCAAAGAGUGGAGGCAAUGAUGCACACGUUGGAUAGAAUAAACGCAGAUCCUUACAUCCUCCCUAACAUCUCCCUUGGCUGUGAGAUCAGGGACUCGUGUUGGCACUCUGCGGUGGCGCUGGAGCAGAGUAUUGAGUUCAUUCGGGACACGCUUGUCUCCAACGAGGAGGAGGAGAGCGCGGGACGAUGCACUGCGGAGAGCGGGAGUCUGCUGGUCCAGGGGAAGAAGCCCAUCGUGGGACUGAUCGGCCCCGGCUCCAGCUCUGUGGCCAUCCAAGUCCAGAACCUGUUGCAGCUCUUCAACAUCCCCCAGAUUGCCUACUCGGCCACCAGUAUGGACCUGAGUGACAAGAGUUUGUUUAAAUAUUUCAUGAGGGUGGUGCCAUCAGACAUGCAACAAGCCAGAGCCAUGGUCGACAUAGUGAAGAGAUACAAUUGGAGCUACGUGUCUGCCAUCCACACUGAAGGCAAUUACGGUGAGAGCGGCAUGGAGGCCUUUAAGGACAUGGCAGCCAAAGAAGGUCUCUGCAUCGCUCACUCGGAUAAAAUCUACAGUAACGCCGGAGAACAGAGUUUUGACAAGCUUUUGCAGAAACUCCGAGGUCACCUGCCCAAAGCCCGUGUGGUGGCCUGCUUCUGUGAGGGCAUGACGGUGAGGGGGAUCCUUAUGGCAAUGAGACGGCAAAGACUGGUCGGGGAGUUUGUACUGGUUGGAAGUGAUGGGUGGGCAGAUCGGUACGAUGUGACUGAUGGUUAUGAGAGAGAGGCUGCAGGAGGCAUCACCAUAAAGCUGAAGUCUGCCCAUGUGACCUGGUUUGAUGACUAUUACCUCAAUCUAAAACCAGACAACAACUACAGAAACCCCUGGUUCCCUGAGUUCUGGCAGCACCGGUUCCAGUGCAGGCUGAGAGGACACCCGCAGGAGAACACCAUGUACAACCGCACCUGCACAUGGAGAGAAUCUUUGCGCCAACACUAUGCCCAAGACUCAAAGAUGGGCUUUGUGAUAAACGCAAUAUACUCCAUGGCCUAUGGUCUGCACACCAUGCAGCAGUCCCUCUGUCCUGGGUAUAAGGGUUUGUGUGAGAACAUGCGACCGAUUGACGGUGGGAAGCUGUUAGAUUUUCUCAUGAAAACAAACUUCACUGGUGUUACUGGAGAGAUAAUUCACUUUGACCAGAAUGGAGACUCGCCUGGACGGUAUGAAAUCAUGAACUUUAAGCUGAUUGGAGAAGAAGAGUAUGCGUAUAUCCACGUGGGCAGCUGGGACCAGGGAGGACUCCAGAUGAACGAUGAGGAAAUUUGGAGCAAUAACAGUGAAAUUAUCCAGUCCCUCUGCUCUGAGCCGUGCCAGAAAGGACAGAUCAAAGUAAUCCGUAAAGGAGAAGUGAGCUGCUGCUGGACCUGUACUCCCUGUAAGGAGAACGAGUUUGUGUUUGACGAAUACACUUGUCAGGCCUGCACCCUGGGGUUCUGGCCCACCAAUGACCUGACAGGUUGUGAGCCAAUUCCAGUGCACUAUCUUCAGUGGGGAGAGCCGGAGCCCAUCGCUGCUGUUGUGUUCGCCUGUUUGGGACUCUUGGCCACACUUUUUGUCACAUCCGUAUUUGUAAAGUUUUGGGAUACUCCUGUUGUGAAGUCGUCCAGUCGCGAGCUGUGUUAUAUCAUCUUAGCUGGAAUAUGCCUGGGAUACUUGUGCACUUUCAGCCUGAUCGCAAAACCUCACAUUAUCUACUGCUACCUCCAAAGGCUGGGCAUCGGGCUCUCUCCUGCCAUGAGCUACUCUGCUCUUGUUACCAAGACCAACCGUAUUGCACGGAUCCUGGCCGGCAGCAAGAAGAAGAUCUGCACCAAGAAACCGCGCUUCAUGUCAGCGUGCGCUCAGCUUGUCAUCGCCUUCGCCCUCAUCCUCCUGCAGCUCGGCAUCAUCGUGGCUCUGCUCAUCAUCGAGCCGCCGCAGGUUAUCUAUGACUAUCCGAGUAUCCGUGAGGUGCACCUCAUCUGUAACCUCACCACUCUGGGGGUGGUGGCACCUCUGGGCUACAAUGGUCUUCUCAUCCUCAGCUGCACUUUCUAUGCCUUUAAGACCCGCAAUGUUCCUGCCAACUUCAAUGAAGCCAAAUACAUAGCCUUCACCAUGUACACCACAUGCAUCAUCUGGCUGGCCUUUGUUCCCAUUUACUUUGGCUCAAACUACAAGAUCAUCACAAUGUGCUUCAGUGUCAGUCUCAGUGCCACUGUAGCUCUCUGCUGCAUGUUUGUACCAAAGGUUUACAUCAUGCUGGCCAAACCUGAGAAGAACGUGCGCAGUGCGUUCACCACUUCCACGGUCGUGCGGAUGCAUGUGGGAGACGCCAAAAAGUCUACGAAAGCAGGAAAGUCAUCCAGCAGCAUGGCCAACCUCUUCCGCAGACGUGCUUCUGGACAGGAAUGCAUCAGCUCCAAUGGAAAAUCCGUCUCUUGGGCACAGAAUGAGCGAAGCUACCGACCAAAUUUGUGGAAACGUAUGUCUUUCCACGUUAAGAAGAAGGAUCCUAUAGAAACCAACCAGACUGCCAUUAUCAAACCCUUUUCUAAAGAAAACUCCUCUGCUGACCCUGGUGUAAUACAGAACUAUGAAGAUCCCAUCGAGCCUCAAAUGUUCAACUGUUCCCCAUCUCAGUCGCCUUUAGUCAACCAGCAAGGUGCAAAGGGGAGAAGCUUUCCAGAGGAGGCCGUGGAAGAAGCUCUGACUGCGUACAUGCCCGAUCACUCAAUGAGAAGACGAGUUGAGAGCCAGAGCAGUGAUUUAGGAGACUGUGCAGACAUCAGCGCCAUUGGAGUUGGGGAGAUUGGAAUAGGAAUGAUCAGCGGCCACGUUCAAGGCAUCACUAUAAUGGACCAAAUCAGCUGCGUGGUGAACCGUUUCACCGCCAACAUCAGUGAGCUCAACACCAUGAUGCUACCUGGAGUCGGUACCAUCAGCUCCAACAGUCCCCUGCCCACACCUGGAGAUACGAGCCCAUGUCCAGCCCAGCAAUACAUCGCACCGAAGAGCACCAUAACCACGUACGCCGAGGUGACCGCGGUGCCCAGCUUUUGCGAGAAUCGUUCGGUGGAUAUGGUGUAUUUGAGCGGGUCUGGAGUGAGGCGGGGGAAGGACAGGGAGGAUCUGGCAGCACUUUGCACCCCUCCAUCCCCGUUCAGAGACUCCUCCCUGGGGUCCAACAGCAGCUCGCCCUCCUCUACGUCGCCCCCAUCUGACGAGUACGAUCAGCUGCUGCUCAGGCACUACAGUCAGAGCUCCUCUUCACUUUGA